AUUAUCUCCAAGAUGCUGACCAUGUCAGACAGCGACUUCCCCGUUGACGAGGAGGGAGACGACACAGAUCAUGAAGCCGAGGACAAUCAAUGUGCUAAUCUGUUCAACAAAAACCAAUGGUAUGAAUGGGCAAUGAACAUUUGCGAAAAAGUGAAGCGCACCAUUGAAAGCCAAGAUGGUUCGAGAGUAAACGCCCAUUAUUUCCCAAGCCUAACGGCAAAACUUGUUGAUGACUGUCAAUGGCUACCGUUGUGGUCGUGCAUCUUUUAUUAAAAAACGAAACUCUUCUGUUGCGGGUUGAUGAAUUUGUUUCCAUUUAUCUCGAAAGCUUAACAGGAAUUACCAAGCUCAAAAAUCCUGCAGUAAUAUCGGCAUCUAAAGAAAAUGCAUGUCAAGGGGAUGCGAGCAAUGAACUACCAAACGACAGUGACGAACAAACGACGAUAAAUGAUGAGCAGCGAGUAGCCGACAACAAAGAACUAGAAGAACCAGUGGAUGGCGAGCCACGUGCGAAUAACGACGAUCGAUCGACACAGAACGAGCCACCGACGAACGAUGAGCCACCGACAAACGAUGAGCCACGAGCAAAUCACGAAGAGCAAAUAACGAACAGCGAGCUACAAAAGCAUAACGGCACGCAAUCGAUGGAUAAUUAUGCAACGAUACAUCUAAAUAUUGUAUGUCCAGCGUGUCUUAAUAACGACAAGCCGAGUGGCGCUCACAAAUGUAUGAUGUUACCCGUGCGCAUACUCCAAGAACAUAUACUUGAAGAGGAACAAGCCACUGAAAGGAUUCGCUUCUACAACAAUCAGCGAAGAUUUCUGAGGGACCUAAGUGAUAUAUUUGGAUUGUACGAUGGGCAUUUCAUAAAGUUAUUUCGAUUACGCAAGGACAUGGCAUAUUAUUUAUGUCAACGACUUACACCAUACAUUAGCGGCCAAGAUAACCCACAGGCGAUCAGAGCUGACCUCAAGAUUUUUGCAACGCUGGCUUUUUUGGCCACAGGUACACUUGGUGCAGUAGAUUGUACACAUGUGGAAAUUAUAGCACCAUCGGAGGAAGAACACAAUUAUCUCAAUCGAAAAGGAUCUCACUCCAAAAACAUCCAAAUCAUAUGCGACUAUGACCUUCGCAUCAUGAACAUUAACCCAAGAUAUGCAGGAGCGACGCAUGAUGCGUACAUAUGGAGGAACUCUGCAAUAAAUGCAGAGAUGGAGCGCAGGUACAAUGAAGGAGAUCACGAUACAUGGCUAAUCGGAGAUUCAGGAUACCCACAACAACCGUGGUUGAUGACACCCAUCCCGCACGCGCUUGCUGAUACUCCAGAAGGUCGAUAUACAGCAGCCCUUGUUCGAGAUCGAGCUUGUAUCGAAAGAUGUAACGGAGUGCUCAAAGGUCGUUUUCGAUGUAUUAUGGGCGAAUGAGUGCUGCGUUAUACUCCUCAAGCCGUAGCGCGUAUUGUUAUUGCUUGUGCCGUCUUGCACAAUAUUUGCACCGAUGGACGACUGGAAUUCUUUCAAAAUGCUGAUCACAACGAAGAGGUUCACAACAAUCCUGAAGCAGAUAUAGAAAUAGAUAGAAAUUUGGGACGACCAGGACCACUCGCAAGGAGAAGAGUAAUUUUAACUCAUUUUACAUGAAAUAUUUCUGAAUUGGGAUUGAUUGUUAAUAUCUGUAUGUAUCAAUUAUUACAGUAAAUAAUUAAGAAAAAGCUGAAAAUAGUAUAUAAGAAAACAGAUGAAAAAAAAUAAAUAAUAAGGGAAAGGGAUAAAAUUAAAAUUAGAAUGGAUUUAUGUACAAAGAAUUAAGAAUUGUAUUUCUACUACAUUUAUCAUUUGACAGGAUUUAAAAUAAUGUGUUGAAUAGCGCCGAUUUAUCUGUGGCAUCUUUGCUUCACUCACCCGCUCAAGAAUUGAAGUAAAAUUACUCCUUUUGCUUAUUUGGCAUUUAAUAGGCACCGAAGAAUCCUUGUUCGGCAGAACUACUGGCAAUCCGAGUUUAAAAAUGUAAAAAUGUAAAUUGAAAUGAGUUUUAAAAAAUAAAUCCGAGUAAAUAUAAAAAUGUUUGGUUGUAA